ACUUUUCCAGGUCAGCACGCAUUCACUCACGAACUCAGUGCACAUUUCGCUCUGAAUUAAAGUUAAACAUCUAAAUUAAAAUGCCUGCACCUGCAAGUUCCACAUCCGUUGGCAGCGGCUCACGCUCGCCCAGCAAAUUGUCGGCGCCACGUAGCGCUGGCGCUGGAGGCGGCAGCACUCUAAAACAGCGCAAGACAACAACAACAACGGCGGCCAGGAGUCGUGCACCCGGCGGUGCAGGCACUGGAGGCAUGUGGCGCUUCUACACGGACGAUUCACCCGGCAUCAAAGUUGGUCCAGUUCCCGUGCUGGUUAUGUCGCUGCUGUUUAUCGCCUCGGUUUUCAUGCUACACAUUUGGGGCAAAUACAAUCGUUCUUAGACAUUUUCAACAUAGCGCAUUAAAAGAUACUUUCACCUCUCAACGGACGCGCGACCCAAUUGUCGACGUCAUCAGAUUUCAUACAAACAGUUCAGCCAAAACAACAACAAACAACAACAAGAGACAACAAUUUUAAGAUCUGCAUUCCGUUGGUUGGGGGCAAUAAGUGUUUUCCAUUUGAAAUUAAUUAUUGUCUAAGCUUAAGUUACCCGUCGUUAAAUGAUAAACAAAAAACAAGCAACAAAAUUGUGAAUUUUUGUCAAAAUUUUCUUUAAUUUCUAUUUACAUACUUUGCUGCAACAAAGUUCUUUUAUUUGAUUGAAAGAGUUUCUUUGUGGCAAAUAAAAUCCAUUCCACAAUUUAUGGUGGUCAUGUUUUUCUCCAUAUGCAUUCAUUUUGAUUAAUUUAAACAUUAAAUGUGUGUUAAGAGCAAAUAUGAAUUUCGGCAUUAAAAUCGAGUUAAAAUGACAAACUA